AUGACGUACAUUCUUGCUUGUAUUCAAUUCACUUCACUCGCCCACCCACACGUUGAGUUUUGAUAAGGAAAGUAUUAGUUUGUAUUUAUUCUGGGCACGUCUUGUUACCAUAAUCGCCACAGUUCUCGGCUAUGUUGCGGUCGCCGGAGUAUGUGCACAGCAGCGGUUUCUCUGUGCCAAUUGUAUUGUGAAGUUGUGUGAUUGUGGACGGGCGUGAGCUUGCGGGGCACUUGCAUACAUGUUUUGUAAUUAAUUUGCACGCCCACUUCGCGGUCGACUGUGGUGGUUGCUGUGUAAGUGAUGGUAGUGAGCAGAAGGUAGAAAAAGUGUGGAUUGUUGUUAAAUAUGUCGCUGCAGAAGAGUGUGAAAAGUGCUGGAGGUGAUAGAAGCGAGCAGGGGGACACAACAUCGAUAUGUUCGUCGGUGACGACGCAGCCGGACAGGCACGGCUUCUUCGGAGGUGCUCAGUACAGUCCAGAACCUAAAAGGACUGUUUCGCCGAGCACAAUACUGAAGCGUGAACAGAAAUGGCUGCGCAUGCUCAACAACUGGGAGGCGUUUAUGAGCAAGAACUACAAAAAAGUCAGGGAGAGGUGUCGAAAAGGUAUACCAGCAUCGGUUCGCCCAAAAGCCUGGCUCUACCUCUGUGGUGGGCAACUAUUGCUGGAGAAGCAUCCGAACGAAUACGAAGAGCUGCUGCAGGCGCCCGGAGACCCGAAGUGCAUGGAAGACAUCAGAAAGGACCUGCAUCGACAGUUCCCUUACCAUGAGAUGUUUAUCCGAGAAGAGGGACUUGGACAACAAGAGCUGUUCUCAGUGCUGAAGGCGUAUUCAGUGCUGAACCCCAAGGUGGGGUACUUCCAGGCUCAGGCACCGGUAGCCGCCUUCCUACUGAUGCACAUGCCAGCUGUACAGGCUUUCUGGUGCCUUGUCAGCAUCAGCGAUAAGUACCUUAGCGGGUACUACAAUCCGGGACUUGAGGUCCUCCAACGCGACGGCGAUAUCCUCCAUGCCCUAUUACGUCGCACGGCGCCGGCAGUGCACCGUCACUUGGUGAAACACAAGGUCGAACCUGUCCUGUACGCUACGGAGUGGUUCCUCUGUGCCCUUACUCGCACCCUACCCUGGGACAGUCUGCUAAGGGUCUGGGAUUGUUUCCUCUGUGAAGGAGUUAAGGUACUAUUCAAAGCAGCGCUAGUGAUCCUAGCAGGUGCCCUAGGACCGGCGAAGGUGCGCAAACGAGCGUGUGGUCUAUGCGAGACCUUGGAAGUGUUACGCCACCCUCCCGAAGGUAUACUGGGAGAGGACUACCUCAUGUAUCAUAUGCAACGACUUAACCUCACCGAGGAGGACUUUGAGUUCGAGCACCAGCGUCAAACCGCUAGGCGGCGUGCCAUGCCUAACAGAAGUGGCAGCUGAUUCAGCGACUGUUCCUAUAAGCGCUAUUCCAAGAAUAACGCGAGGGAUCUGUUCAAUACUCUGUAAGUUGAGUGCAUGGACUAUAUGACAAUAAAACAGUAAGGUACGCCAGCGGGCUGUACCAGUGCUUUGUGAUAGUGAGCGUAACGCACGACCAACUGACGACUGAGUGCAUUAAGUCCGAUAGAAUUAACGACUUCAACUCGUCUUGUAAAAUAACCUUAAAGUAAAAAUAGUUCUCGAUUCAAUGUACAGAUGUCGCCGGGUUUGAGCUUUGUAUGGAACUGUCACUCUUAAUGAAGGACCUUGAUUGGUCGAAUUCGCACCAUGAAUAACGGUUUCGCAUUUCAAAAUUGAAAUGCAGCUAACUUCACUUCGGUGCUAUUCUGUUUGCUUAUGUCAUGCAAAGCUCAAAUCUUUUGGCGAAUAGUAAAAUGGUAAUUUUUAAACGAUUAUUGUGAAAGGUUUUCAUUUAAUUCUUUCAUGAAAACGGUUAUUGUAAAAAUGUGUGUCUUGCUAGUUGUAAAGUUGACUUGAUAGUAGAUUUUGAUUCUAGAUAUUUUGUAAAGAACAUGCUAGGUAUUUAGUCUCUGAUGGAGGUGCAAUACGGCUGCGUCUGUUUCAUAACUAAAAAAUAUUUUUCGCUCAAAUGAUUCUUCCGAACCAUCCAAUCUCUACUUGUUACCCUUCCCCCUACCCCUCAAUGGUCCCGCUGAAUCGAGGUUCGGACCCCACAAGGGUUACCCUCAAUGAUGCAGUCAUUUAGAUUGUAGUGGAUUUUGUUACCCUGUCUAGGGGCUUUAACAUAGAGGGCACCACAGGGGUUUGUCCGGUUAAGUAGUCAAAACGCCUUAGCGUGCUGAACUAUGUAUGUGUGGUUAUUAAAAAAAAGUGAUCCAUUAUUUACUAAUAUUAUGAAGUCACCUAAAAGCCAAAAGGUAGAACCUUAUUGCAGACAUUCUUGAAUGUUCUUCGCGUUAAAUUCAACUUCUUUAGCUUCCAUACAGUAUUUUAAAUCUGCCUCAACUUUUGCAGUUUGAAUGUAAUAUUGUUCUGAUAAGCUAAUAUAAACCUAACUAUAAUAGAGAUAUGGUUUUAUUUAAAAUAAAACUGAAUUUUAUAAUGGCAGCUUUUUGCUCUGGAAAGAUUUGGGAUUUAUUUGAAAUAGGUUGAAUUUACGUAAACAUAAAAAACUUUAAUUUCGAUUUAUUAUUAUCUGGAACUCGGUCUAUAGAUUUCACAUGCAUUUGGGAAAUGAAUUUUGCUCCAAACCAAAUUUUAAAAAAAAUAUUCGAAUGAUGAUAGAAACUCCAGUCAUUAAAAUUAUAUUCUAAUAGUAGAGAGAUUGUAGGAUAAGGUGAGACUGUAAUGUAAAUAAAUUGUAAAAUAUACGAAAUUAAUCCAUAAUACAUUGUGAUAAGGUUCGUUAUUAAAUAUUAAAAUAAAAUUACAUAUCUAUUAAUAAAAGUGUUGAUUGGCUAAUAUAUUGCAACGCAGUAGACAAUUUUCCAUUCCAUUUUUAAUGUAUGUAUGAAAGAAUUAUUAAAUUAAUCGUGUAGAUACUUUUUCGUCAAAAAACUGAAGAUGUUUCAUUCAAAAAUCUUCGUCAUAGUAGUUGUUAAAAAUGUGUAGUGACGUAAUUCGUUAUUUUCCCGUUGUGACACAUGUCAAUGUCGAAGCAAAACGUCUAUGCGUUUGCCGUAUUGUUUUUCGAAUUGGUACAAUAUGGACGAGAAUAAUUAAAAUUUUAGGGCUUCAAGUUACUGAAUGCUUAUUUUUCAUUAUUGUAAGUUAUUUCAAUGCGUUCUUUAUAUGAGUUACUUUUGAAUAAAUUGUAAUAAUGAAGUUGUGUGUUAGCGCCUACUUUACUAUGUUUGAUUAAGUUUUUGGUAGUUAAACUGAUAGAAUAAUAUAAUUUGAUAAAUUUAUAAUAUUAAAUAUGUCAAAUAGAUGUAUCAGUUAAGCUAAAACCAACUUAAUCAGACAUUUUAAAACAGGCCCUAAAUAACACUUAUUUCCGUCUGUAAGAAACUUGUAUCUCAGUCAUUAAAUAAGAUAUUCCUAUAGACCUAAACUUGAGUCUGAUUGUGGCCCAUAUUAUAUUAUUUUUCCGUAAAUCUAUAUUAUUAUGACAUUCCUAUUAGUCUUCCUCUUCAUCCCAUGUACAGACGAGCAGGUCAAGCUACUCCGAUCUAUCGAUUUCUUUAUUAGAUUUUCAACUUUAAAAGUUGUAAUACAAAGUCGAAAUUUCAAUAAAAAUAUUGAUGAAUUAGAGGAGGUUGACUUGCUGUGGACUGUACGAGAACGACCAUGCAAAGAGAUCUGUAUUUAUUUAACAUUUUCAAACAAUAUUACAUAUAUUAAAGGAAAACUCGUAUUUUACUACUCUUUCUGUUUUUAGUCUCAUAUUAACUGUUUAUUGUAUGAAAAAGGUUCUAUGUAGAAACUAUUUAAAAAAAAUACGUGGACAUAUUUUGCUCUGACAACACUGAAGUCGAUUUUUAAAUUGGUCUUCGCGCCGAAAAAUGUUGCAAGUUUAAAGUAAUAUAAAAAUCGAUUUAAGGAGGUUGUUAGCAAAUGUUGUCUCUGAUAAACUGUCUUAUUAACUCGCAACAAGAUACCUGUACUUUCUUAUGAAAAGAAAUCUUAUAAUCAGAUUAUUUUUACUAAACUCUAUAAUUCCUAUUAUACGCAGUAUAAGGCGGUUGCUUGAAAAAGAAAAAAAAAAACAAUAAGAAUAGUUUCCAAUUAGUCAAAUUAAAUAUUGU